AUGAGUCAUAGCAAUACUGUUUCAUCAAUUGAUUUAGGCUUGCCACUAGAGGCAAAGGUACUAUCGCAAUUUUUUGAGGAGGAUUUUGUGCCUGUUGAUUAUGUUAAUGCAUUGGUUGCAACAUCAUUAAAUGCAAAUACAAAUUCAAGCACAAACUCUGCAACAAUUAGCGGUACGUCUAAUAGUUUGAAUUCCUCAUUAUCUCUGAAAGUUCUUAACCAGAGGCUAAAUUCUUUAAGCUUUAGAUAUAAUGAAUACACAAAUGAGUUAUCGAACCAAUUUGAUCGAACUUAUUCAAAGCUGCUAAAAUCUUCAAUUGAAGUUGUAUCAUAUAGUAAUACCGGCAACAUAAAUUCUAAUGACUUUGUCGAUAAUGACGACCCCCAUUCGGUAACUAGGUUGCAAUAUCAAUUGUCAACCCUUAAAACAUCCAUGUAUUCUUUACUUGAAGAUCUACAAGUUACCAAAGAGAGUAUAAAUUCAAUAAAUCCAGAGAUUGAUAAUCUACCUGUGAGUAAGCUAAAAGAACUGACAGAAAUCCAAGAAAGAAUCAAAAAUGUGGAUGCAGCUUUUGAAUUGUUAAAAUCCUUAGUUGCUAGUUCAGAUGCUGUAAAUUCUCAAGAUUUAAACAAUGUUAAAGAUAAACUAAAUAACAAAAUCACAAUAGCAGAGUUUGGCAAUUCUCUAAAUAUUAUUAAGCAGUCAAUUCAAGAACAAAUUGAGAAAGAGAUGCAAUCAAUAAAAAUAAGCUCCAAAGUGACUAAGAAUGACAAAUUAGUGAAAAUCAUAGAUAGUAUGAUUGAUAUGCAGCCACUUUUCAAAUCAUUUGUACAUUUCCAAGUGCCUUAUUCGUCCUUUGUCGAUUUUCUGAAGCUUCAAAAGUCAAACUAUAUGAAUGUAUUCGAAGCAUCAAGAGAAUAA